CUUCAAACUUUUUUAUUUUAUUUUAUUUUAUUUUCCCUUUUAAAAAGCAUCCUGUCAUCUUGUGGCCGUAGGGGGAUGUCCGGACUUUGGCAAGAUCGCAUACUUUUGGGAAAAGGGUUCUCGAUACAAUGAGAUAAACCUUAGUCUACCUAUUUAAUUAAUUGCGUGGAAUCCAACUUCUUAACUUCUUUCAUUCCCUUGCUCGAGUUACCCUUUAUCGAAUCUCAUGGUGGAACGCGUGGCCUUGGCAUUGCCUUUUCUCACUUGUAUACUGCCGAGUCCGCGCGCUCUUUUUCCGAGUCCAAUAUGCCGAAACACGGCCCAGCCUUAGGGUUGCGAGUAGGACCUCGAAGAAUCACCUUUCUCCUCGUAUUCGUCGGUCUUUUCGCCUUAUUCACCCUCCUAUUCACAUUACCCAAUGGCAUACCGACAGGCCCCAGCCUCUCAAAAUCGAUCGCCGACCACAAAUUCUCCUUGCCGAAGUACGGGGACAAAUUCUCGUCGAGUAUUCUAAACCCCUUCCGACCGGUUUCGCAUAAGCCCCCGGAGCAGAAAAACUCGACAUAUGGUGGAAGCUCGUGGUACUCGAAUUGGAAUUGGAGAAGUCCUUUCUCUUCGUCUAUCACAUUAGACGAGAACCGAUCCCUUCUUCCGCCCCUGAAGGAUAGGGCUCCUAUCUACUGCUAUUAUGAUACUACGAUCCCAAAGGAGGCGCCGACGAAAGAGGCAGAGAGUGCGAUAUUGCUGACAUGGCGACGUGCUUGGUGGGCACAGGGGUUCAAGCCCAUUAUCCUGAGUACAGCGGAGGCUAUGAACAACCCACUCUACGACGAGCUUCAGAGGUUGGACGUGGAGCCGAGCUUUAAGAAAGAUAUGAUGCGUUGGCUUGCGUGGGAAAACAUGGGUGGAGGUCUCUUAUCGCACCACCUAUUGUUCCCAAUGGCUGCUCACGAGGAUCCCUUACUCGCAUUUCUGCGAAGAGGAGAAUACCCCGGCUUGACGAGGUGGGAGGGGUUCGAUAAUGCUCUGUUCGCUGGUCCGAAGGGUCAGAUCGCAGAAGCCAUUACUCAAGCUCUCCGGAACCCCAAGAACAAGGCGGCUAAAGAUUUUGUGGCUGCGGUCACUGGUGAAACUUUCCGAGUUGAUCCGUCGCACGAUUCACUCGCUUACUACGAUGCUAUCACCGUUGGAAAGAACUACCAAAAGGUUGCGGAAGAAACGACAGCGGAUCAUAAUAAGGGCAUUAAAAGCUUGAAUCUGCUUAUCAACUCUCAUUUACAUAAUACCUGGCAAGAUAUUUUCAGCAGUGGUAUUGCGGUUCUGAAACCUAUGCCUGCUCAUACCACGCACAUGAUUGAACCCGCCUUGGACUUGGCGGCCCGGCUCGCGGCCUGCAGCGAUUCUCCAAUGCCGUCAUCAUGCCCACCGAACCUCCCAAAGUGCACACCCUGUGUUUCGUCGCAUCCCAUGAAGGUUGGAUCACCAGCUCGGUAUCGCAACACGACUAGUCUAUAUACUAUAGGCACUGUACCUCACCCAUACACCCUACGAACAGUAGACAGUCUACGGGAAACAAUGGAUAUAUCGUUCAUAAGGCGAGGCAUCAAGAGGCGCGACGAAUGGCUCUACUUAGUCUUCCAAGAACUUCUAGGUACCGGGAUAUCCAGUUCCGUACGCGUAGUCAAGUUCAAAGAUGCCGUAGCUGGCGAAUAUGCGACUUCGCAUUCUCUCUGGUUGACCGCUGAGAAGGGGUCUGUUCCAGAAGAUUUGGACUGGUGGUUCGGUUUUGACAUCCCACACACAACCGACGAUGGGAAAUCAGAGACGCCGGUCCCUGGUCCGGAGCGCAGGCCGAAACCUCCACACGAUCCCACUGACGGGCCGCUUCCCACUGAGGACGACCUAUCGCGUGAACCGCGACUUUUGGAACGAGCGCGGGAGGUUGUGAAGAGCAAGGCUCAGGAAGAAGUGCGUGUUCGCAGUGCUAUGGAAGCGUGGAAUUUAGCCGAUACGGAAGCAUGGCGAUUUGCGAGGGCUUUCCUGGCACGUUCUAGGGUAGAGAGGAUGAAGUGGGAAGAAGAAGAGAGCAAAUAUGCUGGAGGUGUAGGCAGCGAGUCAGGACAAGGAAGGGGAAGCAGCUGGUUACGAUGGGGAGAUGAUGAGGAGAAAGAUUGAAAAUCAAUCUGAAGGGAUAUAUAGAAAGAAAAGAAAAGAAAAGAUAGGAAGUCCACGACGUGUACGGAUGACAAUGGUAAUGGAGGUGCAUUCAAGCUCGAAAUUCAUUAUCUGUCUUAUUUGAUGCUCCUGGUAGCAUGGAGUUGGCGCGUUACGGAUGGUUUGUUAGACUAGGUA